AUGGCCAAAUCUCGGAUAUGGCUGGCCGCGGCCAGGCCUGGCUUGGGGCUGUUCAUGCUCCUGCUAGUAGCCGUCUUCGUUCUCCUUCCCGACACCGUCUCAGCCAAAGCACUGGCCGCUGCCGACGGACAGACGGGCGCUCCCGACUACACCUGCUCGCCGACCAAGCCUUGUGCCCUCGGGUGCUGCGGCAAGAAUGGCAUCUGCGGCAUGGGCCCUGACUACUGCAGCGCAGAAAACUGCGUCAACUCGUGCGACGCCAAGUCAGAGUGCGAUCCAGCGAACUGGGGCCCGCAGUAUGCGGCCCAUACCAACUGUCCGCUGAAUGUUUGUUGCUCCAAGUAUGGCUUCUGCGGCACGACAGAGGAGUUUUGCGGCGGCACGCAGAUCGCCAAUCCUAGCUGCCCCGGCGGCAAGUCGGCGACGCGCCGGACCAUCGGAUACUACGAAGGUUGGGGCAUUGGCCGAGCCUGCGAUGCCAUGCUUCCCGAGCAGAUUCCGGUUGCGGCGUACACGCACAUCAACUUCGCCUUCGCCAUGAUCGACCCCGUGAGCUUUGCCGUCGCCCCGAUGAGCGCCGGCGACGUGGAGCUGUACUCGCGUGUGACGGGGCUCAAGUCCCUCUACCCAGACCUAGAGGUCUGGAUCUCGAUCGGAGGUUGGACCAUGAACGACCCGGAUCAGCCUACGGCCACGACCUUCUCGGAUAUCGCAGGCUCCACAGCCAACCAGCAGAAGUUCUUUGCCUCGCUGAUUGCCUUCAUGAGCCAAUAUGGCUUUGACGGUGUCGACAUUGACUGGGAGUACCCCGUGGCCGAGGAGAGAAGCGGCCGGCCCGAAGACUACGAAAAUUACCCCGUCUUCCUGCAGAACCUGAGAAACGCCUUCCAGGCCGCAGGCAAGAGCUGGGGGGUAACCAUCACCAUGCCCAGCUCGUUCUGGUACCUCCAGCACUUUGACAUCGUCAAGCUCGAACCUGUCGUGGACUGGUUCAAUAUGAUGGCCUACAUCGCGGCCCAUACCAAUCUGACCGAGAUCGACCAAUCCAUGAAGCUGCUCUGGCGCAACGGCAUCAAUCCCGCCAAGGUGGUUCUCGGUCUCGGCUUCUACGGCCGGAGUUACAAGCUGGCCGACCCGCAGUGCAACAAGCCCGGAUGCACGUUCACCUCGGGGGCGCCCGGCGGACCCUGCACCGACUCGGUCGGCACUCUCUCGUACGGCGAGAUCCAGCGGCUGAUCCAGGCCGGCGCGACGCCGGUGCUGGACUCAGAGGCCGCCGUCCAGAUGCUGACGUACGAGGGCGAUAACUGGGUCUCGUACGACGACGAGACCACGCUCAGGAUGAAGGUGGACUAUGCGAAUGAGAACUGCCUCGGUGGCACCAUGGUUUGGGCCGCCUCGACCGACGACUCCAAGGGCUCGGCGGCGGCGGCGCUGAAGGCGGCCAGCGGCGGGACCCUGAGCCUGAGCACGCAGAUGAACUUUGUCCUGGCGUCCGACAACCCCGGGCUGUGUUCGUGGACCCGGUGUGGCGGAAGCUGCCCCGCCGGUACCUCCAUGGCGGCCUAUGUCUUGGACGGCUGCCCGCAGCCCACGGCAAGCCCUUUCACCUACCGCCUCUUUUGCUGCCCGUCCAACGACAUGCCAAAGUGCAAACAAAGCGCUGAAGACCUGUCCGGCAAUGCCUGUAACGGGGGGAGCUGCCCGGCAGGGACCCAGCUUUUGACGACUACGCAGUUCAUCCUCUUCCCGUACAAUCUGUGUCCUGGUGGUGGCCACCUUAACUGGUGCUGUGACCGAAGCAAAUCCGUAAUCAACACGCUCGGCCAGUGUUCGUGGACCGACUGCGGCGGCAGCUGCCCGAGCGGCACUACCCAGCUGACGCAGACGCUCACCGGAGACGGCGGAGACUCGCCGUGUUCCAGCGGCCGGCGGAGCCUGUGCUGCCCGACCAGCGGAGGCAGCGGCUUCAUCCCAAGCACCUGUGGCUGGUAUCGCAAUGCGUACCACGACACAUGCACGCCGGGCUGCCCCUCAGGAAAGGUGCAGCUCGCCGUCGACUCGGCCGGCGCAAACUGCGCGCGCGGCUUUGGCUCCUUCUGCUGCGAUCCACCCGUCAACUCGCUGGCCGGCCGCAGCGACCCGCAGGUGCAGGGCUUCAGGGCCCUUGUCCACGCCUUCGUAACCAACGGCGUAUGUUCUCCGCUCGAUCACCACGGCGUCACGCGCAAGAGGCAGUAUGCCCCCUACAGUCACCCGACGAGCCACGACAUGGCCAUCAAGCUGGCGCCCCUCCUCUACGACUGGGAUUGGUCUGAGAGCGAGAGAAAGUACAUCACGCCGUUCCAGCAGACCUGGGACGACGAGGUCAAGGACAACGGCAGCCACUUCCCCAGCUUCGACUCGCUGGCCGACAGCCUGGCCAGCAUCGACACGUCGACCAACAACGCGGUGGACUACCUCGACCGCAAGCUCUGC